AUGCACUCGGAGCAUGGUAGUGCGGAGCAUGAGAGUACGGAGCAUGAGAGCACGGAGCGUGAGAGUGCGGAGCGUGAGAGUGCGGAGCGUGAGAGUGCGGAGCGUGAGAGUACGGAGCAUGAGAGUGCGGAGCGUGAGAGUACGGAGCGUGAGAGUACGGAGCGUGAGAGUACGGAGCGUGAGAGUACGGAGCGUGAGAGUACGGAGCAUGAGAGUACGGAGCAUGAGAGUACGGAGCAUGAGAGUGCGGAGCAUGAGAGUGCGGAGCAUGAGAGUGCGGAGCAUGAGAGUGCGCAGCAUGAGAGUGCGCAGCAUGGUAGUGCGGAGCAUGAGAGUGCGGAGCAUGAGAGUGCGGAGCAUGAGAGUGCGGAGCAUGGUAGUGCGGAGCAUGGUAGUGCGGAGCAUGAGAGUGCGGAGCAUGAGAGUGCGGAGCAUGAGAGUGCGGAGCAUGAGAGUACGGAGCAUGAGAGUGCGGAGCAUGAGAGUACGGAGCAUGAGAGUGCGGAGCAUGAGAGUGCGGAGCAUGAGAGUGCGGAGCAUGAGAGUGCGGAGCAUGAGAGUACGGAGCAUGAGAGUGCGCAGCAUGAGAGUGCGGAGCAUGAGAGUGCGGAGCAUGAGAGUGCGGAGCAUGAGAGUGCGGAGCAUGAGAGAGCGGAGCAUGAGAGUGCGGAGCAUGAGAGUGCGGAGCAUGAGAGUAUGGAGCAUGAGAGUGCGGAGCAUGAGAGUGCGGAGCAUGAGAGUGCGGAGCAUGAGAGUGCGGAGCAUGAGAGUGCGGAGCAUGGUAGUGCGGAGCAUGAGAGUACGGAGCAUGGUAGUGCGGAGCAUGAGAGUACGGAGCAUGGUAGUGCGGAGCAUGGGUAA